CUGCGCCGAGGUCGGCCUGACAGUCCACUGAAACCCCACUCACCGAGAUACCACAACGAUUGCUCCGCGUGGAUCUAAGCUCGAUAUCGGUCUCCGGUUGUUGAUGACCGUGGAGUGAGUGAGUGAGCUGCACUCCGUCUCGCCGUGGCACCGCAUCAGCAGCUGUCAGGCUAUUAAAGAUCAAGACCUAGGAGUUGACGCUUGGUAACUGUUACAGCUGGAUCGAGGAAACACCGUUCAGACCUAAUCGAGCUUAGGCCGGCUUGAGAAGGCUGCGGGGCGGCCAAAAAGCCACGGAUUGUCCGUUGACAAGUUGUCAUCAUGGGCAACGCGCCCACGGCCAGGAAGGGCAGCGAGAUGGAAAGCGUCAAGGAGUUCCUUGCUAAAGCCAAAGAGGACUUUCUCAAGAAGUGGGAGAACCCUGCACAGAACACUGCUUGCCUGGAGCAGUUUGAGAGGUUGAAAACCCUGGGUACGGGCUCAUUUGGCCGUGUGAUGCUGGUGAGGCACAGAGAAACGGGACAGCAUUAUGCCAUGAAGAUCCUCAACAAGCAGAAGGUGGUGAAGCUCAAGCAGAUAGAGCACACACUGAACGAGAAGAGGAUUCUUCAGGCUGUCAGCUUUCCGUUUCUGGUGCGGUUAGAGUACUCAUUCAAGGACAACACUAACCUCUACAUGGUGAUGGAAUAUGUACCGGGUGGAGAAAUGUUCUCUCAUCUACGGAGAAUUGGCAGAUUUAGUGAGCCUCACGCUCGGUUCUACGCUGCUCAGAUCGUCCUGACCUUUGAGUACCUGCAUGCUUUGGACUUGAUCUACAGAGACCUGAAACCUGAAAACCUGCUCAUAGACCAACAGGGCUACAUACAGGUCACAGAUUUUGGCUUUGCCAAACGCGUAAAGGGCCGGACCUGGACACUAUGUGGCACCCCAGAAUAUCUGGCUCCAGAGAUUAUUCUCAGCAAGGGGUAUAACAAGGCAGUAGACUGGUGGGCUCUGGGCGUCCUCGUGUAUGAGAUGGCAGCAGGGUACCCGCCCUUCUUUGCCGACCAGCCCAUUCAGAUAUAUGAAAAGAUCGUAUCAGGGAAGGUGCGUUUCCCAUCUCACUUCAGUUCAGACCUGAAGGACAUGCUGAGGAACCUGUUACAGGUGGAUCUCACAAAACGUUACGGCAACCUCAAGAACGGGGUUAACGAUAUCAAGGGACACAAGUGGUUUGCAACCACUGACUGGAUCGCCAUCUACCAGAAAAAGGUGGAAGCUCCCUUCGUCCCCAAGUUCAAAGGACCAGGCGACACCAGCAACUUUGACGACUACGAGGAGGAGGAGAUCCGCGUCUCCUUCACUGAGAAAUGUGCCAAGGAGUUUGCAGAGUUCUAGAGCUAGAGAGCAAGAGAGAGAGAGGAAGAGAGAAGGAAGUAGGGAGAGUCAAAGGUAGGCUGGUCAAGUGGGAGACGUAAGGAGAGAGUACUGUCUCCUGUCCAAUCACAAGCACCAGCUACAAAAAGAGGAAUAAUGGGAUAGAGAAGGGAAAAAGAGCAAGGAGACUGAUAACCAGCAGUUUUGCCUUUUCUGUUGCAUUUCUGUUGUAUUUUAUUUAUUAUUCUGUCUUAUUUAUGGAUCCCUUUAUAAUGAAGGUGUGCUUCAGAUUCAUGGGUGUUGGGGAACCCCCACUUAUUUAGAGUUGCCUCUACACAUUUUCACCCAAGAUCUUCCCUGGUCUUUUCUUGUUUCAUUCAUCACGUAGUCAAUUUUGGGCCACAUCGUAGAGAAACCAGUCCGUCUGUUCUGAUCUGCUGCGGUCUGUCGGUCAUCACACGAAGCCCAUAACUGCGUAGGUUGAGGUCUCGUGUACACAACAAGUUUCUGAAAUUUAAACUGGUGACACUAAACCAGUGAACAUGCUCUUUGCCUAGUCAGCAGGAGGAGUAUUAAAGUGAGUCACACACACAUGCACUUCAAUAAUUUUUAUAUUUUGCAGUCAUGACUUUCCUUGAAUAUGUAAAGCAUAACUGUUUCAUAGCAUAGACAGACUUUGAGUCACUGGCACGAUUGGCCCAAAGAAAAAAAUGGUGCAGUGUGUACUCAAAACAAAUUUCAGUCAAGGUCGGACGACACUUUCUGGGGGAAAAGUCAGUUAAGUUUACUGUGUAACUCCAUCUAUACUCAUUGUUAGCAUAGCCAGACGUCGUGCAUAUCUAAAGCAGUCCAUUUUUAAAUGUUACAAGACACUUAGUGGCUCCAGUGAAAUCAUGUGAUGCUAACUAACAAGGAAAUAUGGAUAAGGGAACAGAAACGUCUCCGUUUUUAAUGGUGUUGUGAAGGAGCACCAUAACAUAAUGGUAUCUCAGGUUUGAACAUAUCACUUGAUAGGCAUUUUAUCAACAUAAAGCAUCAGAAUUAGCACGUAAAGAAAGAUGCGUGAGACGCUUGCUUAGGUUUGGUAAUGUAGUCUUCUGGUUAGCACUAAGAGGAACACAAGGGAAUAUUAAGACUUUGGGUUAGCUUAUUCUGUAGUUUCCCCUCCCAGAAGAUUUGUUUUUGCUAACUCAAAAACUCAUAAAAGCACUCGCCGUCUCCGCUCAGAGCUCACUUACUUGUCAAGCUGGUUCGACGCUUCAAAUCAACCAUUUGGCCCUUGCCAGCACCAACUGAAGGAGACCAUCUGAGGCAGACUACCUCAAACUGCCUCUGGCUGCCGGUCACCAGAGCACUUUGACCAGUCAUUGGAGGUGGUCUGGAUAGUGUGCUCUAUGGUCUGUUACAGAAACCUGUCUUUCUGUUCAUCUCCCCAGCACCUGGCCUCUUAUCACUUGCAAAGUUGGACCACACUCUCAGUCUUACAUGUUAGGACAUAUCUCUUCCCAUCUCUGUGUUUACAUGAACAGUUUUUGUUUGAUUUCAUUUUUCACAUGCUGAUGAUGUAAAGAUGAAAGGCACUCCAUUGAACAAGCUAGGGAAAGGUUGAGCACAUGGAGUUGAGUAGAGUGAGAAUAGUACUGAGAGUAGACAAACAGCCUGCCAAUGUAAAGUACACAACACACAGCACUUCAGGUGUUCAAUGCCUCCUUAGCUCUUGAGCUAUGAUGGCAAGGUACUUAAGCAGAACCCAAAAUUGUGGUCGUUGUAGGGUUUCAUUCAGAAUUUCUCAAAUAAAACAGAGUGACACUAGUGUCUUUUUCAAACAUUCAAAUGCCUUCUUCAUAGCUGUGUGUGCCACCAUAGUGAAGAUCUAAUUUGGCUCAUAUAGGUGUCCCAUUUUCUUCCCAUCGUUGUUUGAUUCACAUGAGUCCUUCCUGUCCAGAACAACUCAGAUAUGGGAAAAUGUUGCGAGCCUUGUCUCAGAAUUACCCAUUUGUUAUGUGUGAUUGUACCAUUGCCAUUGUAUCAUACCAGUCGUGUGGAAUGAUAUUUAAAAUGGCCUACCAACAAGCCAGUCAAAGUGGGCCAAAAGAUCUGUUUCAGAUCACUUGUAGGUUUGCGUAGCCUGAUGUCCAUGGCUGGAUUAACCAGAGAGAGGUCCACGAGCCUCCCACUCGCUGUACAUUAUGUACAGUAUCGCUAAACUGGAAUAUUACAUGGCCCCAGGUUUACUGUGUGGUAAUUUGAUUUUCACAGCAGAGGCCUACAUACCCUGCCUAUUAUGCUGUGUUCACGUCAUGUGGGAUGGAGGUGGGAAAGAUGUUUACGACUUGCGAGCACUGACAUCAUCUGACAAUUCAAGAAGGUUGAUUGAUAAAUGAUUUGGCCUCUUUAGGUUUUCAAAUACUGUGCAUUGACAAAAUUAAUAUAUGUGUGUGUGUGUGUGUGUGUGUGU